GUAAUGAAUGAUCUCAUCCCCGGGCCCAAGGCGGCUGCCCCUCCUGCCCUGGCUCAGGGACGGGCCUGUUCAUGCCCUACUAGUGUCUUUGUUUUAUUUUUGCGUAAUUUUUCCUGUUUACUGUUGUUAAUGUUUGAUUUGGGGCUGUCUGGAAAACUUCCAGCAAGAACGAUGUGAUACCUAGUUCUGGUAUUUUGGUAUUGGACCUGAAAAUUUAUAUUCAUGUGGUUUCCGUGGGAAUUUAUGGUUUAAAGGCAUCCCACAUAUGAUUAUUAUGAAGAAAACCAAGAAAUAUAUUUUAAAAGUAUUUGUAUGACAAGGAGUAAUUAUUAAGCUUACUAUAAAUUGACAUAGCUAAGGCAGAAUUUAAAGAAUAAAAAGAUGAUUUUGAUUGAGAAUUUCGGGAAGCAUAACUAAGACUUGUUAAACACAAGCUUUCGAGAGGAUUGCUCAUCUCUUUUUAUUAUAGUGCUUCUAAGCCAGACCCUGCAUUCUUACUCUGGCCCUUAGCUUCAAUGAUCUCUCCAGUGCACCUGUUUAAACCCAAAAGUCAGGCACCUAAUGGUAGACCAUGCUUCCAGAGUCCUCUUCUGCCUGUAUGUUAUCGGAAGUCCGGGGGCGUGGUCUUAUUAAAGAAAAAAAUUUGAUUGACAUCUCUGUCGUAUUGAAAGAUUGAAGCCAUUCCCCUUUUCCUCUUUUCUGUCUAAGUACUUUUAUUACAAGCAAACACCCAUCAGAGUAAUGAUGAUAUUCCUAGUUACCCAUCCCAGUUGGUCACUUCAUAACAAAGCGCAAGAUUCGAGGUUUUCGUUACAUUUUGGUCUUUACUCCACCUGCAUUCUUCCUUUUCUUUCAAGAAAAUGAUAAAACACAAUGGCAAAUUUAUAUUAUCUCAACAUUUGCCUCCCUCACUCCCUCUAGCUUGUUCAACAUGCUUGAUUACCAUCAUUUAGAUAUGUUUGUUGCCCUAAUUUUUAAACUUUGAUUAUUCUUUUUUGUCUAAUGGCUCCAUCACUACCUCUGCUAUGAGAUAUCAAUUCCAGAAAUACAUUAUAUGUGGCUUAGUUGUGUUGGAAUUUAAAAGAAUUCGAAGGAUUCUUACUUGAAGAUUAAGAAAAACGACUAAAAUGACCAAUGAUGCUUUACCCACAAAAGGUCUAAAAAUCGUAAGAGGUAUGGGAGUUUGAGGUCAAAUUUGCUUUUAUCUUGAUACUUAAAUGCCAAUCUCUACCUCUACUAUGACAUAUCAAUUGUUAAUACGUUAUUUGUGGCUUAGCUGUGUUGGAAUUUCAAAGAAUUAGAAGGAUUCUUACUUGAUGACUAAGAAAAAUGACUAAAAUGAAGCAAUGAUGCCUUACCCACAAAAGGUCUAAACACCAUAAUAUGAGUUUGAAAUGUCAAUGAAAUCUGAAGCUGAAAGAAGAGAGCCUGGUAAUGAGCAAGCAAUUGCCAACCUGUAUGCCUCAAUGAGGACAGAACUAAACCAAAUAUAUUCGAAGAUCACAGAGCUAGAAAUGGAAGUGAGUGAGCAUUCCUUGGUAGUUAACGCCAUCCAGCCGCUUGAUCCCUCAAGGAAAUGCUACCGUAUGAUCGGAGGUGUGCUUGUAGAAAGAACAAUCAAGGAAGUCUUGCCAGCUGUGCAGCGGAACAAGGAGGGGAUUGAAGAGGUAAUUGGCAGACUUAACGAGGCCUUGGAGAGAAAGAAGAAAGACAUUGCUGAGUUUGAGGCGAAGUACAAAAUUAGGAUGAAAAAGUCCGAUAAUGAUGUAAAGGACGAAAGUAGCAAAAAAGAAGGUAACGCGCAAGGUGUUCUCGUAGGUCCUGCUGGUGCUGUUGAAUCAUAGGUUUAUAUGAUGUUAGUUGGAAAAAAACUGUCUACCCACCGAAUAGACUACCCACAAUUCAUAUAGUGUUGAGGGUUGUGGUAACGGAAUCCAACUCAACAUAAUUUCUUUUAAUACUCUAUUAGCAAUGUCUAUCUUAGUUUACUCAAGCUUUGAUGUGUUGGUCGUAUCUGUGUUCUACUCUAAUACUCUAUUAGGAUGGUCUAGCGCUUGAGAGUGCUUGAUGUUUUGACAAUUUUUCACGCUGUGAGAUUUUGGUGGUGCUCAAUGAGGAAGAAACUUUUUUGGGUUUA